CGGCCCCUGGAGCGCCGGAGAGAGCCGGAAGUAGCUUGUUGUCGCAUUUCCGGGUUUUGUGACGCCAGGUUCUGGGUUGCCGAGGGCCUGGCUCCAAGCCCAUCGAUCCCCAGAGUCACCGUCCUUUUCUUUCCCAGUACCCCAGACCUCUCGGGGGUUCACGGAGAGUGAAGGCCAAUUUCAUGAACCACUUCCUAGGACAGAAAGGCGAGUGCUGCAAACAGCCCUCAGCUGGAUCAAGUGACACCAUUUCUUGAACCUGAAUAAUGACCGCCGAAUCCAGGGAUCCCACAGGUCUUUCUUCCCAGGCCACCCAGGAGAUGGAAGGCCUCGUGAUCGUGAAAGUGGAAGAGGAAGAGGACGAUGAGGAAGACCAUUUCCAGAGGAAAGGCAGUAACUCCGAGCUAAUCCCACAAUGUUUUGGCCGCUCCACAACUAUGAACGAGAGAGCCUUACUGUCAUCCUAUUUAGUUGCUUACCGUGUGGCAAAAGAAAAAAUGGCUCACACUGCAGCAGAAAAAGUUAUCCUUCCGGCGUGUAUGGAUAUGGUCCGUACAAUUUUUGACGAUAAGUCAGCUGAUAAAUUAAGAACGAUCCCGCUUAGUGAUAAUACCAUUUCACGUCGCAUCUGUACUAUUGCGAAACACCUAGAGUCCAUGCUCAUCACACGGCUGCAGUCUGGGCUUGAUUUUGCAAUCCAGCUGGAUGAGAACACAGACAUUGCCAGUUACCCAGUGCUCUUGGUUUAUGUCAGAUACGUGUGGCAAGACGAUUUCAUAGAGGAUCUCCUGUGUUGUCUAAACUUAAACUCCCACCGAAGUGGACUUGACUUAUUUGCUGAAUUAGAAAAGUGCAUUGUUGGGCAAUAUAAGCUAAACUGGAAAAAUUGUAAAGGAAUCACGAGUGACGGAGCAGCAUAUAUGACUGGAAAACACAGCAGAGUUAUUGAAAAGUUGUUAGAGGCCACCCGUAGCUGUGCUCUUUGGAAUCACUGUUUUAUUCAUCGAGAAGCUCUAGUGUCCAAAGAAAUACCACCCAGCCUGAUGGAGGUAUUGAGAAAUGCAGUGAAGAUUGUUAAUUUUAUUAAAGGAAGCCCGUUAAACAGCCGACUUCUUGAAAUAUUCUGUUCGGAGAUCGGAGUCAACCAUACCCACUUACUAUUUCACACAGAAGUCCGCUGGUUGUCGCAAGGCAAAAUACUGAGCAAGGUCUAUGAGCUCCGGAAUGAGAUUUACAUUUUCCUCAUGGAAAAGCAAUCUCAUUUGGCAACUGUAUUCGAAGAUGACGUUUGGAUAACAAAAUUGGCCUAUUUAUGUGAUGUUUUUAGCAUUCUUGAGGAAUUAAGUUUGAAACUACAGGGGAGAAACAGUAAUAUAUUUCAGUAUCUUGAACAUAUUCAUGGGUUCCAAAAGACAUUACUGUUGUGGCAAGACAGACUGCAGGGUCCUCGCCCAAGCUACUACAUGUUCCCCACAUUGUUGCAACAUGUCGAGGAAAAUGUUAUUCAUGAGGCCUGCUUACAGGAAAUAAAGUCAGAGAUACUGCGGCACCUGACUUCCCUGUCUCAAACUUUUGGUCACUAUUUCCCAGAGGAGAAAUUUGCAUCAUUAAAAGAGAAUAUUUGGAUGAAAGAUCCAUUUGCUUUUCAAGCCCCAGAAUCGAUCAUUGAGUUAAACUUGGUGCCUGGAGAAGAAAAUGAAUUAUUGCAACUUAGUUCAUCAUUCACACUGAAGAAUUAUUAUAAGACAUUAAGCCUGUCGGCAUUUUGGAUUAAGAUUCAGGAUGAAUAUCCAUUGCUAAGUAGAAAGAGCGUGUUGCUCUUACUGCCAUUCACAAGUACCUCUUUGUGUGAGCUCGGAUUUUCUAUCUUGACUCGGUUAAAGACAAAGAAAAGAAACAGACUCAAUAGCGCCCCUGACAUGCGUGUAGCCUUGUCCUCAUGUGUUCCUGACUGGAAUGAACUUAUGAACAGGCAAGCGCACCCAUCACACUAGAGACAUCUGUAGGGCUGGGAGGGGAGACGGCUCAGAGGGCUGGAGCAUAGCCUAGCAGGAGGAGGCCCCGAGUCCUAACCCAGCACCUCUGGGCCCAAGCA